AUGGCGACCACCCAUUGCCCCAGCAUUGACCAUUUAUAUACACAUUCGCCAAUGAAGCUUCAAUAUCGAAGGACCGACGAGGAUCUCGGCAAUGGUCCGUUGAAGGUACGCUGGCGGCCGAACGCGCACUCGCUGGCCGUCGCGUGUCCCAACGAUUCGGUGAUUUACUACGACAAACGCGGAAAUAUCAUCGACGCGCUCGAUUUGACCGGGCCGGUUUUGGACAUCGCGUGGGACAAGGAGGGCGAUUGUCUGGCGGUGGCGGCGCGAAACUCAUCGCUUAUCACGCUGUGGGAUGUGAAUUCGCGAGCGACCGACUCGAUCGAGAGCAGCGCCGCUUCUUCAAAAGAAGUACCAACAUGCAUCGCCUGGUCGCCCGUCUCAUUGACAUUGGCGGCUGGCAACAACGCCGGCAACCUUUUCGUGUACAAUCAUCGAACAUCGCGCAAAAUUUCGCUAAUGGGCAAACAUCAGCGAAGCAUCACCAGUGUGAGGUUCACGUCGGAAGAUUUGAUCGUGACGUGCAGUGAUGAUAAUACAAUAACAAUUUCGAACGUUGACGGCGACACAGUGUCGACGUGCGCGCUUUCCGGCGAGCCAACGAAUCUCGACGUCGGCGUCGUCUCCAGAAGCGGUGCAGCCGCUCAAACAAUGAUCAGCUGCAUUCUCAGCCGAAUAAUUUUAAUGUUGGCGCCGGUGCAGAACAUCGAGAAUCCCAUCAAUCUUCAAUUUCAGGAGCGCUACGGCAACAUUGUCGCAUACUCAUGGUUCAACGAUGGCUAUUUGGCAAUCGGUUUCGAUCGCGGCUACUUGGUGACGAUUUCGGCGCAGCAAAACGAGCUCGGAUCGGAGAUUGCGAGCAUCGCCGAAUACAAAAAUUAUUUGGGCGCCGUGUGCACGAGUCAGAGUUUCUCGAAAAUUCUCUCCGUCGGCGAUCAUCAAAUCAAAAUUCGCGAAAUUGACCAGUUCAACGAUUUGUACGCGAUUUCCGACGUCGACACCGAUAAAGACCUGAACGACGUGUCGAUCACCAACGACGGCCAACUGGUGGCGAUCGCCUCGCAAUCGGGCACCCUAUGCGUCUACGUCACCAAAAUGCCGUCGCUGGCGGCCGCCCAUCUCAACACGGUCGCCCAUCUGACGAGUCUCACGCAGGUCACAAUAACCGCCGAGCUCGAUCGCAAGCUGUCGACGACAAUCGAGACCGGCGUCGAGCCGUCGCUCAUCGGACUCGGACCAACGCAUCUGGCGGUGGCGUCGAGCAACCGCGUGUUCUACUUCGAGUACUUCCUCGGACCCAUCAGCCAAACAAUUCCCACUUUAAGCCAAGCGCCGACGAGCAUCCAAAUCGAGUAUCUCUCGACGGUCACCGACGUCAAACUGAAUCACGAGUUCGCCGCGGUGACCAUCGGCGCCAAAUUGCGCCUUCAUCGGAUUCACAAUUCCGACGAGAGCGCCUCGAUGACGUUCCCGGAAGCGUCGAGAAGCGCUCGACUCGUCUCAUCGGCGCUCACCGACGACUUCUUGGUGUUCACCACCGACACCAACUAUAUCGUCUACUUCUCGCUUCAAGAAUGGGCGGUGGUGAGCGAGUAUCGUCACGCGGUGCCGUUCAAAUCCAUCUAUCCGCAUCCGAGGAAUGUGAUUUGUUGUUGUUUCGAUGAUCGCUUGGAAACCAUCAUUUAUUCCGCAGUCGACGAUGGAAUCCUCAAACUUCCCGCCGUCGGCUCAACCGUUCACUACAAAGGCGCCGUCUGGGAGACGUUCACCAUCGAUCGCGACACGUUCGCGGUGUUCGACAAUCAGAACAUCUACGUGUUUCUGAUGACGAAACGUCGAAUCGAGGGCGAGAGCGUCGUGUUCGUCGGCACCACAAAACUCCCAUUCGGUCAUGCGCCUUUAAGUUUGAACAAAGGCGUCAUCAAGUGCCUUCUACCAUCCGGCAAAAUCUCAUCUGUGCUUCUCGACUCGCACAAAACCGAUACGGUGUUCGAGAAGAAAACACCACAACAGUUGACCGAGUUGCUCAAUCGCGCUCUACUGAUGCAGCGGUGA